UUCUCUUUUCUUUCCUCUCCUUGUUAUCUGCAAUGGCUUCAAAAUCAUCAAUUCUGCUUUUCUAUCUGAUACCCAUCUUUCUCAUAAUCUCUUCUUCAUCGGCUGAUCAAGAAAAGAACUUGGUGUUUUACGUGCAAGAAACUACUGGGGGACCAAAUGCUACGGUCAUUAUAGUUGCUGGAGUUAAUGGGUCUUCUUCAGCUUAUGGAUUUGGGACGAUAAUAGUUGUAGAUGACAUUUUGACAGAAAAACCCGAGCGCUCCUCCAUGGGUUUGGGGAGAGUCCAGGGAACUUUUGUGAGCACUGGAUCCACCACCUUUCAUUUGGAGAUUUCUGUUGUAUUUGAGAAUGGGGCAUACAAUGGCAGUAGCCUUCAAGUUCAAGGAGCAGGUAACACAUUUGUUGGGCCAAGGGAAUAUGCAAUCGUUGGAGGGACUGGUUUGUUUCGUUAUGCCCAUGGAUUUGCUGCCGUCACCACUGUUGCAUCCAGUGGCUUUGAUAUGACUCUGCAGUAUAAUGCAACUUUUCGACUGGAUUAG